AUGAGGGUUGGCCUUUAUAAUCGGAUGAAAAGUGUUGGCAUGUUCCCUGCUUCAAGCUAGCAGCCAAGCAUCUUGAUCGGCUCCUUCGUAACAUCUUGGUAAGGGUGGCACCUUUCUCCAAUUCUUACCAAUUUUAGCAUCAAUGCGCCCUUAAUAUGCUAAAAACAAAGAUAUAUAAAGGUAGAUAGAUGGUAAAUAUUCUCUGAAAACUAACGGUCACUAGUCACUCUACUCAAUCCAUUACGAGACACCUAGAAAAACCACAGUCCAAGGUUUCAGAUAUCGCCACAGAAACAUCAAUAUGUUGCCCAAAACCGUCUUCCUCACAGCUCUUCUCUCAGCAUCAGUAUCGCUUGCACUACCACAAGUGAGCAAUUUUCCACAGGAUGGUAUCUAUCGCAUGCGAGUCGUGAAUUGGAUAGCACGUUGCGAAGUAGAUAAGUGUGAUUACAGUAAGGAAACCAACCCUCUUGUACGAAAGAAUACCAUUCCUACUAACGCCCACCUCCAGAAUUCGAAUUCCAAGCCGAAAGAUUCGGCUCCAACCCCGAACGCCCCUCCGCGCGCGGUCACUGCAACGGGACACACGACGGCGGUCCAAUACCCAUGAAUUUCAACCCGUGCAUCAUCGAGCUCUUCGAUUCGAACUUGGGGACAUCAGUCACGGCCCAGGAGAUCCGCUCCAAGUUUAUACCCGACCAGCGAGAGGUUUCUGCGAGCGGUGUUCUGAAUCUGGUUAUCAGCUACGCAUUCACGUUGAAUGAUGGGACGUAAGUGUUCUUUUUCUGCACGCGCGUGAAGAAGGAAAGCUAAUGGGUUUUAGGGGAACGACUUAUAAUUUUACCAGCAAAGGUUUUGAGGGUCCUGUUAAUAAAGAUGCGACGAUAUUCAAUGCUGAUAAUUUUGAUGAUGGAGUUGUUACUAAAACACAGGUCUAAGUUCAGCAGACCGUAGACGCCUCCGGUUAGAGAACAAACAAUAAAAAAAUUCCUCAUGC